CUACUACUACCUUUAAAAAUAUAUAUAUAACAAACCAAUUAAACCUAUCAAUCAUCCCACAUUUCCAACAUGGGAUUCAAAUUUCUCUCACUCCAAUCAGCUAUCCCUUUGUGCUUCCACCUCACCGGAGCUCCAUGCAAGACCUACAACAACGACGUCGAUGACGACGACGACGACCACCACCACCGCCGCCGACGGGGCAAGUCUCGUGUUAUUCGUGUUAUCGGAUCCGACUGUCGGGUUCGGGUCUACGACAAACCCGUCUCGGUAGCGGAUCUAAUGAGUGAGAACCCGUUCCAUUUAGUGUGUAGAUCCGAUAGCUUCUUUAUCGGGCAACGGGUCCCAACCCUUUCUCCGGCGGAACUCCUCAAGCGUGGCCAUAGCUACCUCCUUCUCCCUGCCACCUUCUUUCACUCCGACCUCUCCUUCCUCAAUCUCGUUUCAUCCCUUGCUUGCCCUGUCAUCACACCCUUGAGACCAUUUGAUAUCAAGAAAACGGAUUCCGGUUCUCUUCAGGUGAGAGUUUCGGAUGAGUUCUUGGAGAAGAUGGUAUUGAAGCAAGAGGAUGAUGAGAAGAAGAAAAGAGAGGUUUUGAGAGUUUGCAGCACUGUUGAGCUUGAGAAGGAUUACAAGCAGCUUGUGAGGUGUAAGUCUAAGCAUUGGAAACCCAAGCUUGAAACCAUUAAAGAGAGUUCCACUGAGAGUAAUUAUAAGAGAUCAGCAGCUGGCCGUGUUAAAGUUUUCAGUAGGAUUAAGAGAAGAAAGAAGAAGAAUAAGAGCAAGAUAUUCAAGCCUGCUGCUUCUGCUGCUGUAACUGCUAUAAGUUGUACUAGUACUACUCCAAGUUGAUUAAUUCUUCAUAGAAAGUUCAUGUAUAAUAUAUUAAUGAAUAACAAUAUUUCAGUAGUUUUAAUUA